CAAGUAAUAAAGACAAGAAGUAUAUCUAUACAAUAAAUAUAAGAAGUACAGACAAGAGUACUUUUCAUAAGUAUUGAAAGAACGAGGAGCGCCAAGUACGAUGUGAGCAGACGUCGAUUAUCAUCAGAAGAGUGGGGAAUUAUUUACUCGCUAUUCUCUGUGUUCAACUGACUUCUUCAUGAAUUUUACCACACUAGUUACACCAGUAUGCAUCGCAACUUGCUUUUGUGAUCAUCGUAAAAUUUGUCUUUUCGUUAUUUGUUGUUAUCGUCGCCGCCGUGAUCGUCAUCAUUGUUGUCGUCAUUACUUAACUUACUGUAUACAUUAUUAAAUUAUUCAAAAUAUAUAUUUUAUUAAAAUUGUUUUAAUAUAUAUUUAUUGAGUCUGUUAAUUAAAAUUAGUCACCUUGGCUUUAUGGACAUUUAUAUGAUGGACUUAUUGUCGUGAUGGCGAAUACACGAGGCUCUCAUGUUUUUUUCGUGAAAGAUUGUGCUCAGUGGACUUUUUUGAAACCCCGGAGAACUCGUUUACGCUCUUGAAAUAACAAUUAAUAAUUAACUGAAUAAUUAUUAUUUAAAUAUUUAAAGAAAACUUUUAAUAUAUUUAUUGUUAUUAUUAUUUUUUCUAUUUUUGUUAUUAUCAAUACUCAUUAAUUUAUUUAAUUUUUUAUAAAGACAUUUUAAUUAUUAAAAUAAAGACUGAGUGUGUCGUUGGAUAAAUAUUAAGAGACUUAUAAAUACGUGUGUAAAAUAAAUAUUUAUAUUUAUAUUUAUAAGAAAAAGAGUGCGGGAAAUAAGUGAGUAUAAAUUUGAAUGGCACCAGAUUUUGAAAAAAAAAGAGAACCUUCUAAGGUUACUGGUUAUUUUGGACAGUAUAAUUAUAAUAAUAACAAACAAAGUAUGAUUUUAUUAAAAUGCCCAGGGAAUCCAUUUACGGAUUAUUAUCACUAUGGUCAUCAUUUAGAAAAUUCAGCAAGUGCCCGAAAGAGAAAUAUGACAGAUAAUUAUCAUCCAUACAAUUGUGGCAAUACCACUGGUGAAAGUGGUAAUUCGGUGGUUACGUCGUCAAGUGCAAGAAGUUUAACGAAUACUUCACGUCAGUCUUCAAGGCGUUUCAAUCAGCAAUCACCAGCACAGCAGUCACAGUCACAACAGCAGCAGCAGCAGCAACAAUCGCAGUCUAGAUCACCAGCAAGGAUUCCAUUGGCAUCCCUGAGCAGUGUGACGGUCAGAAAUUCAGAUGAACUUGUGGCAACAAACUUAACAACACAGGAAGUUUGCGACAGUUCGAACGACUCUGGCCUCGGCUUCGAGGAGAGGCAGCAGCAUCUCGGCAAAGCCUCGGCUUGGAACAACGGUGCUGCUGGAGAGGAGGACACUAAGCGACGUAAAAUGGACAUAAAGCUCGAAUCAGAAGAUGCCAAUUUUACGUUCCCCGAAGUAUCAAGAAAUUCCGGGGCUGCUACGGCUACAGGUGACAUUAAAAAUUCAACAAGAAAUACAACAACUUCAACAACAUCUACUAAUACCUCUAAUGGAAUUACACAGUCACGUAAUUCUGUUGGUCGAGUUAUUGGUGUAACGCGACCACGUUCAACAUUAAGUGCAUACGGUAAACGACCACCACCUGUUCAUCAAGGUCCAAUUACUCUUACGUCUCAACUCAGUAAUUUAUCGAGAGAUGGCAAGGUCCAAUUGCAAAUAAUAUGCCAGCCAGAGCAACAGCAUCGUGCUCGAUACCAGACAGAAGGCUCACGAGGUGCUGUCAAGGAUCGUACUGGCAAUGGAUUCCCAAUUGUACGUCUUGUUGGUUAUGAUAAACCAGCUAUCUUACAAGUUUUUAUUGGUACGGAUCUCGGACGUGUCGCGCCACACAUGUUUUAUCAAGCAUGCCGGGUGAGCGGAAAAAAUUCUACACCCUGUAUCGAACGGAAGGUCGACGGGACUAUUGUCAUUGAGGUUGAUAUGGAUCCGUCCAAAGACAUGCUUGUUACUUGUGACUGCGUUGGUAUACUAAAGGAACGUAAUGUUGAUGUUGAGCAUCGAUUUCCACAAUCUGCGGGCAUGCUUCAAGGUCGUAGCAAAAAAAAGUCUACUAGGUGCCGAAUGGUAUUUCGUACGAGUAUCACUUUGCCGGAUGGAACAACUGAAACUUUACAAGUUUGCUCGCAACCAAUUGUUUGCACUCAACCACCGGGUAUACCGGAAAUAUGUAAAAAAUCUUUGACGUCUUGUCCAUGUACAGGCGGACUUGAACUUUUUAUUCUCGGUAAAAAUCUGCUGAAAGACACACGAGUACUUUUUCAGCUUGACGAUGAAGAUCUCAGUAAUAUGGAGCAGCAUUGGGAGUGUUCUGUUAUUCCUGACAAGGAAUUUCUUCAACAAACACAUCUCGUAUGUGUUGUACCACCUUACGCUCGACAAGAUCUCAGGCCUACGGAGACUGUUACUGUAAAACUUUAUGCUGUUUCAUCUGGUAAAACAAGUGAACCACAUACUUUUAUUUAUACCGCGGCUUCAACUCCAGCCGAGCCUUCCGUUGGUAAAGUUGAAUCUAUAUCUCCACCACUUGUUACGACACGAAACGAGUCAUUGUCUACGUCACCGACGAUACCUAUUGCUGCAGUUACUAACAAUUCAAUGAUAUCACAGUCUAGUGCAGUAUCACCAAAUUUCCUAACAAAUCUCCCUCAGCCAGCAUCUCAACAACAUUCACCUCAAUCGCCACCAGACGCACUGAAAAAUGAUCCAAGUCCGCCUCCUGUGUCAUCAUCAGCCCAAGUAACUCCAGUGAUGAUGUGGGCAUCUCAACAAACCGGAAACUGUCAAAAUUCACAAGCAGAUGUUAUGAUGCCACCACCAAAUCUCGUUGCCAAUUCUCUUCUCAAUCGACGAUCCUCCUCAAAUCAUCAGCUUAUUAUUCCCGAUUCUUUAAAAUCCGAAGUUCUUGAUGACAACAGUGAAAAUAGUAUGUUAAGUGAAAAUAGUCUUCAAAGUAUGCCAACGCCAAAUUCAAAUGGUCCAGCAAAUACUAGUCCAAUGCAUCAAUUUGUAUGUGAAAAUUCACGUGACUCAACAUCAACUGGAUUACUUAGAUCUGUUCCAUCACACGUAACACCUGCUCAAGAAGCUGUAAGUUUAUUAGGAGUUGUUGAUUUAAUGCGUAAUCAACAUCCACUUACACUUAUAACACAACACCAGAGUCCAUUUACUGGAAUUCAUGAGCAGUCUGGUGUAAAAGUGCUUAAUACACAUCAUAUUAGUAAAGAUACAAAUCCAAUAUUACCAAGUGAAUCUACGGCCAACGGUACUCUGUCAAGUGUAGGCGUUGAUUUACGUAUGAAACAUCAUGAAUACGAAACAUUGAGUAAUUUUACAACAACUCCAGCAGCUCAGCCUCUGCCAAAUCAAAGUAGUCAAUCUAUUGAAAAAUAUUUCAACCACAUUGAGUCAUCUGUACCUCCGGAAAAAGAAUCUGAUCCUGAAGAUUCAAAUUUUGUUGAUGCAAUGCAACAACAUUCUAUUCUUGAUAAUUCUCGUGUUCAAGAUCAAUCCUCGCCAACUGAUAUCCUCGCGCCAAAUGCAGCAACUGUAAAAUUAGAUGCACUUGUUAACUCAGCCGUCGAGUCUCAUCAAAUGGAUCGUAUGGUAGCUCCACUGCAGACAGUUACUGCAACUCCAGGAUUAUUGAGUCAUGUGCCUGAAGAUGCACUGAAUAAUUCUCAGUCAGCAACACGUACUAGUCCGCCGAUUCCAGUAAAAGCUAUGCUUCUUGAAGCACUAAUGCCUUCUCCUGUGGUUACUGCUACUGGAGCUACCACUGGAUCCGCUGGAUCAGUCGUCACUGAAUCAUUACCCGAUGAAUCUUUAAUGACAAGCAUAAAUGCUGCUUUACUUCCGUCAAUUCAAGAACCUAUUGUAACAGACUCAGGAAUCUCAAAUGCAACGGUAAAUGUUUCUGUUCAACUUCAAAGCACCACUGAGCCUAUUCAACAAAUUCAAGCACUCAGCCAACAGGAUGUAAUGCAACAGCAAGCACAACAAGUUGAACAGGUGGUAGCACAAGCUCAGCAACAAGUAGAGCAAGUUGUUGCUCAGGUACAACAGCAAGCCGCACAGACAGUUCAACAAGCGCAGCAGCAGGUCGUCCAGCAAGUAGUUCAACAUGCCCAAGUAGUUCAACAGGCAGUCCAGCAAGUAGAAGCUGUGCGUCAGGUUCAAGCAGUACCAGAAGUACAGCAAGCCGUACAACAAGCAACUCAAGAGGUCGUACAGCAAGCUGUACAACAAGCGACUCAUGAAGUUGUUCAGCAAGUCCAAGCAGUUCAGCAGGCGGUUCAACAGGCCCAAGCUGCACAAGCAAUGCAGCAAGCUGUUCAACAAGAUAUUGGAUCAAUGCUUAAUCAACCAGCUGGUUUUGUUGCUGAAGCCAGUUCUGCUUUGGCAAGUGGUGCCGCACAAGAACCAAGCCAACAAAGACUUACAAAUGCUGCUGAACAAGCCAUCACCAAUGUUAUUACAAAUGCAACUCAGGAUAUCAUCAACAAUCGGCCUAUUUCUACAACUACAGCUCAUGCAAUUAUUGCCACUAAAAAUAUUCUCAAUAGUGUUGCAACUCAAAGUGCUCAGCUUAUGAAUACAGCAAUGGAAGGUAUAUUACCUAAAUCACCUUCUAAUGCUGGGACUGUUGUUGAUCAAGUAUCACGUAAAUCACCGUCAAAUUCACUUCCAGUAACGCAAAAUCGUUCUAACAAUUCAAAUGGAAUGUCUGGUUCUGUAAACACCUCAAAUGGUCAAGUAUCGGUUGUUAGAAAGGCUGAAGAUGCUGGCGGUAUGCUACCGCAAGAACUUACUUCUAUGUCAGAGCACGAUCUCCUCAGCUAUAUAAAUCCAAGCUGCUUCGAUCAAGGCACUUUUCUUAUGUAGUUUUCCAUU